UCCUCUCCACCCAACACUACUGUAUCCUCAUCACCACCCCUCCACCCAACACUGCUGUACCCUCAUCACCACCCCUCCACCCAACACUGCUGUACCCUCAUCACCACCCCUCCACCCAACACUGCUGUACCCUCAUCACCACCCCUCCACCCAACACUGCUGUACCCUCAUCACCACCCCUCCACCCAACACUGCUGUACCCUCAGCACCACCCCUCCACCCAACACUGCUGUACCCUCAGCACCACCCCUCCACCCAACACUGCUGCUUCUGCUACUCACCACUCACAAGGGCUUUGACACGGGCUGACUCUUCAUGGCUGCAUGCUCACUUAACAACAUAGUUUGGGCCAUCGCAGGUGCUGCAUGGGCAACUCACAAGUGUGUGUGUGUUUGUGUGUGUGUGUGUGUGUGUGUGUUCCUUUCUCAGGAGAGUACUACAGUAGACACGAGCAGUGCCAUCACUGUGAUUUCAGCUGUGAAACGUGCACUGGGCCAGAACCUGAGGAGUGCAUGCGCUGUUCCCGCCUCCGGCUGUUCGAUAAUGGCCGAUGUGUGAUUCACUGUGAUGCUGGAAAGUACGGCAUGGAGGGGCACUGCUACCUGUGCCACCACACCUGCCACGAGUGCUCCGACGACGGCCCCACCAACUGCACCAGCUGCCACACAGAUAGCUUUGGAGUGGCGCGCUAUUUGUUUGAGGGGCAGUGCCGUGACUCAUGUCCCGAGGGCCACUUCCCGUACCACUUCUCCACGCGCAGCGAGUGCAAGGCGUGCCCCGACAACUGCCGCGUGUGCUCCUCCGCCGAGACCUGCGUCCACUGCAGCGCGGGCUACUACCCCAAGGACGGAGAGUGCCUGCCGCUCAGCUGCGCGGACGGUGAGACGGAGGAUGAUGACCAGGGGUGUGUGACCUGUGAGGAGGGCUGUAAGAGCUGCUUAGCAAUUAAUCGGUUCCACUGCAACACCUGCUACCCUGAGUACUACCAGAGCGGGGUGAUGUGCCACAGGCACUGCCCUGACGGCACGUUCGGAGUGAACAGCACGCGCGUGUGUGAGAUGUGUGACCAUCACUGCCGCAUCUGUGACGAGUCCCAGUGCCACUGGUGCCAGGAUGACUACUUCCUGUCAGGUCACACGUGUGUGAAGGAGUGUGCUGAGGGUUACUAUGGCGAUGAGGAGCAGCGUGAGUGUGAGGCCUGUCACCAUGACUGCCGCUCGUGCAAGGGCCCCGCCUACGACGACUGUGACUCGUGCGAGGACGGAAUGGGGCUGAAGAACGGCCAGUGUGUCCACAUCAAUGUGACCGUCACCUGCCGGCCGGAUCAGUUCCUCAGUGGAAAGAAGGAGUGUUUGCCAUGCUCUUCUGACUGCGCCACCUGCUCUGGCCCGGAGGCCAAUCAGUGUGACACCUGCGACUCAGGUCGUUUCCUCUCUCGGCAUCAGCAGUGUGUGAGGCGUUGUCCGGCGGGGAGCUUUGGGAACGAGACGUCGCGGCGCUGUGAGGAGUGUGUGUCGGGGUGUGGCCAGUGUGAGGACGCACAGAGCUGCCAACGCUGCCAGUCCAGCCCCGUCCAGCUCUACCUCAGCCACGGCCGCUGUGUGCCCGAGUGUCAGAGUGGUUAUCCAGAGGGGGGAGUGUGUGUGGCCUGUGAGCCCCACUGUGAGGAGUGUGAGGGGCCCCAGAUGUGUGUGAGCUGCGUGGAACAGUACCUGCUGCACGGCCACUCCUGCGUGGGUCACUGUCCUCAGCGCUAUCGGCCUGACCAGGGGGAGUGUGUGCGCUGCCCCGACGGCUGCUCCGACUGCCACGCAAACGACCGCUGCACCGACUGUGAGCAGUACUUCUUCCUGCAUGAGGGGAAGUGUGUAGUGGACUGUCCAGUGGGCUUCUACGAGAGCUUGACCACUGGUGCGUGUGAGAAGUGCCACUCCAACUGCGUGGAGUGUGACGGCCCUGACGAGGACGACUGUGUGGCGUGCAGCCGCAGCCGCCCGCUGCGCUAUCGUGGGCAGUGUCUGUUCAAGUGCCCGCGCCACACCUACCAUGACCAGCAGUGGGCAGAGUGCAAGGAUUGUGACCGGACGUGUGUGACCUGCUCGGGUCCCCUGGCCACGUCGUGUGAGAGCUGUGAGGACGGCAUGGAGCUGGACGCUACUGGACACUGCAUGGUGGUCAACACGUGCCAGUCCCUCUACUACCCCGACGCAAGGGGCGAGUGCCAACCAUGCUACCACACCUGCCAUCGCUGCACUGGAGGCAAGGCCACAGACUGCCUCUCCUGUAGGCCCGGCAGCUACCUCCUCAACCACACCUGUGUGACGCAGUGUCCCGAUGGUUACUAUGGAGACGAUGACUCUCACCAGUGUGAGCGGUGUCAUUUGACCUGCCGCUCAUGUAGCGGUCACCACAGCACGGACUGCCUGAGCUGCCGAGAGAGCCUCUUCCAUCUCGGACACACGUGUGUGCCCAACUGCGGACCUGGCUACUAUGGCCACAACGGGACGUGCGUGCGCUGUGACCACUCGUGCAAGGCGUGCUGGGGUCACAGCUCCCACUGCACCAGCUGCAAAGACGGCUACUUCCUGCUGGACGGCGAGUGCGUGUACACCUGCCCUGAGCACUACUACCCUGACACACGCCACCACACCUGCCAGCACUGCCACGCCACCUGCCACACCUGCAGCGACUCAGGACCAAUCAAGUGCACUAAGUGCUACCCUGGGUUCCACUUCAUGGGCGGGAUCUGCAGCUCUCCCUGCCUGGCUGGCUACUACCCCAGCACACUGUCUGUGCCGCAGGACUCUGAUGUGAAGUGUGAGGCGUGCCACGCGAGCUGUACGGAGUGUAAGGGCGCGGGUCCCUCGGACUGCACCGAGUGUCCGGCUCUCCAGCGGCUGGCCACAGACGGCCGCUGCCUGAGCUGCUGCGGGGAGGGUCAGCGCAUGGACGGACGGCCCAUCCCCUGGGAGUGCUGCCAGUGCCAGGAGCUGGACGACGGCUGUGUGCUGGGCGUGAACUUCCGCUUCGUGGAGCCCAGGGAGCAGGAGCUGGGGGAGGCCCUGGAGGGGGUGGUGGUGACGCUGGUGCUGGGCUCGCUGGGUGUGGGCCUGGCGCUCUUCCUGGUGCUGUGGCUGCGCUCCACCGCGCCGCGCGCCCCCAUCGUGCGCCUGCAGGGCUACGAGAAGGUCCCCGUCCAGGCCACGCCUCUGCCCCCCGACAACCUGCUGCAGUUCCGGGACGGGCCAGACGACGACGAGGAGGACGAAGAGGGGGAGGAGGACUGUGACAUUGUGUACAUGGGGCAGGACGGCACGGUGUACCACAAGUUUAAGUACGGCCUGCUGGAUGAGCACGAUGAUGAACCUGAACUGGAGUACGAUGAUGAGGGUUACACCAUGACGGAAAUUAACGCAAGCACAGACACAUGAACACACACACACACACACCCCCACGCACACACUCACACACACUUACAUUGAUAUAGUAAUAUAAAAAUGCACUGAUCACUGUUCAAAAUUCAUGUCAUAGUGUAUGUCAUCUCCAAAAAGGCACACACAAACGUCAAUCUGUGAGUUCUGCUUUUCACCUACAGAGGGAGCUGUUCUUCCACUAUACAGUCCAUUGUCCACACAUGUAGGUUGUUGUAUUGGCUAUUAUGUUUGUUUUUUGUAUAUCUGGUGACAUUUAAAUUAAACCUUUGUUGUAUCAUUGGUUUUCAGUUUCAGUGAAAUGUUGCUUUUGCCUCUCAACCACCGCCUUUUGACAACCACACUGAAGUAUAAUCUUUGGGUGUGAUGUACAGUCAGUGUUUACGAUACAGUGAGAACAAUGAAAUAGCUGACAGUUCAUUUAUUAAACUUUUAUUAGCUGUGUUACUUAUUUAAGUAAUUAACUAGGGCAUUUAAUUUGUAGGGUAUUAUAAAGGUAUCACAGAUAGAACAGCCACUAUCUGGGAAAAACAUGAACCAAUCUGAAUUUCACGUUAAAUCAUUUGUUAUUCCCAGUGCCAGUUUUCAAGGAGAUUUACUGAUUUAUUUUCUUAAGAACAUCCUUUGAAAAUAUUUCUAAUGUACCACUAAGAUGCUGUGUGCCUUCAACAUUCACACAUUUGUUCUCACACAUUGUGCCUUCAACAGUCCCACAUAAACACUGGUGUCUGGUGUGUGAUGUGUGAGCGGAGUU